AUGUUUGCUAAGUCUUCGAAAGACAUACUCCGUACUGCCUUUUCUGGCUUUGUUGCCAUGAGCUAUUCCAGCAGUGAACUGUCGACGGGGUUCAUCUCCAGACACUCCACCUGCAUCAUCUGUCAGCAGCGCUACCCUCAGUUUCCAACUUUAACCCGCCAAAUGGUAUAUCUUUUUCAAACAAUAAUCGGGAUUCAUACCUUUUUACUCAUUAACUUCUACUUCAUUGACAAUACUUCGCUUGCCUUAUUUUGUUACAGUCAUUGUAGAUGCUCAGACCAACCUCUUAUUGACUCAUUUUGGCCCAUUUAUUUUAGCUGGUAG